AUGAAUAUUAAUGAACUUUCCCCCAAACAAAUCCUCGAGCUUAUUAAGCUUGGACAGCAGGCACAACAGAGACAACGAGAUUACGACGGAGAUAACCUCCCAGAAGAAAUCCUCAAAGAUUUGGACGAGCCUUCAGCGAAAGGUCUCAAGUCGAACAUUAUUCGAUUCACAAAAGACACCCUCCAAUUUGAGGGUGGAAAAUGGACAAAUUCAGGAGCGAUCAAUCAGAUUUUCGUCCCUGACCUCAAGAAAUACACCGUGGAUGCCCAUCAGAUUGUACAAGGCAAAUACAAAGAUGGCGGCAAACUUCGAAUUGCAGGAAGAGCAGCAAGUGAAGUCUUCAACGACCUCAAGUAUAUUAAAUCACAACAAAGUAGUAACAAAGACGCAGCCGAUUUCGAUGAACUCAUCGAAAAAGUCAGGCGUUUGGCCGUCUAUGCGUUCGCAAGUAGAAAAACGCUGGACGAAGAUGCCAAAGAACUCAGCAUCCGAGCAAUUAAGCUCCCCACAAGAGCAAGAUAUCUCGAAGAUGAAGAUGAAAACGACAAAGACAUGGCCUUCGAUCAGGAGUGGGUGGAGAAAAUCCAACAAGCAAGAUACAAAGAGUCUGUCCUCCAGAGUGCUGUCAGUAACAAGAGAGGAGGAUAUUCCACCGGAGGAUACUCCAAUGGAGGUCAUAGAGGCAGAGGAAGAGGCCGUGGAGGCAACUUCUUUAGUAGAGGACAGAUUCAAUGCUCACCAGAGCCCAUCAACGAACAACAAUCCUCUCAACCAGCAAUAGGGAAAGAUCAUCUAGUAUCACAGCUAGAUUAUCCAAUGAAUUUGCCAGAAAUGGAUCAGAACACAUCAGCAUCAGUCUCACAAAACCCGUCAAACUUAAUGUCGGUUACACAACAACACUACAACAUACCAACAGAUGGAAUUCCUCCAGGAGGACGAUUGAACAGAUUUCUAUCCGUCUGGAAGAAUGUCAUCAACCAACAAUGGCCAAUAAUGGUAGUGGAACAAGGUUACCAAAUACAAUGGACAUCGCCCCCCAUUGCUUGGAGAACCAAAACACUGUCAUUACCACCCGAAGAUCAGAUAGAAGUAGAUUUGGUGUCCACCAGAAGUAGCACGCAAAGAAUAUAUGAUAGUGGAUGGAAGAGAUGGGUUGAGUGGUGUGCACAUCAAACACCAGAAGUCAUACCAGAAGAAUAUCAACCAAUGCAAGUAGUAUGA